AUGGCGUGGUUCAGAGCCGUGUCCGGCGUGGCGAGGCAUGCCGUCAGGAAAAACCUCAUUCAGGCCUCCCACCACGUCACCAGGCCCCGCAUCAGUCCGCUGCCCUCCCGCGGCUUCCGUUCAACUUCUGCCAGGCACAACGCCGCCCCGAUUCCCCGCCCUGUGCCGCUUUCAAAGCUCACAGAUAGUUUCCUCGAUGGCACGAGCAGCGUGUACCUUGAGGAGCUCCAGAGGGCGUGGGAAGCCGAUCCCAACAGCGUGGAUGAAUCAUGGGACAACUUCUUCAGGAAUUUCGUUGGCCAAGCCGCCACCUCUCCGGGAAUUUCGGGCCAGACAAUCCAGGAGAGUAUGCGCUUGCUGUUGCUCGUGAGGGCAUACCAAGUAAAUGGGCACAUGAUGGCCAAACUGGAUCCCCUGGGCCUUGAGGAACGUGAGGUCCCGGUUGAUCUUGAUCCAGCUUUCUAUGGCUUCACAGAUGAGGAUUUGGACAGAGAAUUUUUCAUUGGAGUGUGGAGGAUGUCUGGAUUUCUGUCAGACAAUCGCCCAGUUCAGACACUUCGAUCCAUACUGAACCGGCUUCAGCAGGCUUAUUGUGGGAGUGUCGGAUAUGAAUACAUGCACAUUGCUGACAGGGAUCAAUGUAAUUGGUUAAGAGACCAGAUAGAAACUGUUAAGCCAAGGGCAUAUGGCAGAGAUCGGCAGGAGGUCAUCCUUGAUAGGCUCAUUUGGAGCACACAAUUCGAAAAUUUCCUUGCUACCAAAUGGGUAACCGCAAAGCGAUUUGGUCUUGAAGGUGCAGAGACUCUCAUUCCAGGGAUGAAGGAGAUGUUUGAUAGAGCUUCUGACCUUGGUGUGGAGAGCAUUGUGGUUGGAAUGCCUCAUAGAGGUAGACUGAAUGUUCUGGGCAAUGUCUUUCGCAAGCCGCUUCGCCAGAUUUUUAGUGAAUUUAGUGGUAGCGGUACAAAGGCAGUGGAGGAGGUUGGAUCGUACACAGGUACUGGUGAUGUUAAAUACCAUCUGGGUACCUCCUAUGAUCGGCCCACGAGGGGAGGAAAGAGAAUCCAUUUGUCUCUUGUCGCAAAUCCUAGUCAUUUAGAAGCUGUGGAUCCAGUUGUCCUUGGAAAGAUUCGGGGAAAGCAGUAUUACUCUAAUGAUAUUGAUCGGACAAAAAAUUUGGCAGUUCUAAUUCAUGGGGAUGGAAGUUUUGCUGGACAAGGUGUGGUUUAUGAAACUCUUCAUCUGAGUGCUCUUCCCAAUUACACAACUGGUGGGACCAUUCAUAUUGUUGUCAAUAACCAGGUUGCAUUCACAACUGAUCCAACGGCUGGGCGUUCAUCACAGUACUGCACUGAUGUGGCGAAAGCCUUAGAUGCUCCUAUUUUCCAUGUAAAUGGGGAUGAUAUGGAAGCUGUGGUACAUGUUUUUGAGCUUGCAGCUGAGUGGCGUCAAACUUUCCACCAGGAUGUGGUUGUUGACGUUGUGUGCUACCGUCGGUUUGGGCACAAUGAGAUGGAUGAACCGUCCUUCACGCAGCCAAAAAUGUACCAGGUGCGUUCAUCUUUUCUUAUAACCUUUCACUCCGCUCUAGGUUUAGUCAAUUUCUGAAAAAAUGGUUUCAUUCAUAUUAGUCGGCUAUGCUUUGAUGGAAUUUCAAUUUUUUUUACGCAAUUACUUGAUUUUAUGAAGAUACUGACUCCCUAAAACUUAUGAAAUCAAACAGGUGAUUCGCAGUCACCCUAGCGCUCUUCAUAUUUAUCAGAAUAAGCUAUUGGAAUCAGGAAGUAUAAAAAAAGAAAGCAUUGACAGUAUAAAUAGCAAAGUUAAUUCCAUCUUGAAUGAAGAGUUUAACAGCAGCAAAGAUUACAUUCCAAAGAGAAGAGACUGGCUUUCAGCCUAUUGGACUGGGUUCAAAUCACCAGAACAGAUAUCCCGAGUUCGGAACACUGGGUAUGACAAUGUUCCUUUGUUUAUGUUUCGUUUUAGCCUAGUCUCUUGUACAUUUCCUCCUGUAAUGCACGGUUCCUCUCUCCAGUGUUAAACCUGAGAUCCUGAAACGUGUUGGUGAAGCCAUUACCACGCUUCCAGAAAAUUUUAAGGCUCACAAAGUUCUGAAGAGGAUUUUUGAGGAGCGUUAUCAGAUGAUUCAAACGGGUGAAGGUGUUGACUGGGCACUGGGAGAAGCCCUUGCUUUUGCCACACUUUUGGUGGAAGGUAACCAUGUCAGAUUGAGUGGACAGGACGUUGAAAGAGGUACUUUCAGCCAUCGACAUUCCGUAAUUCAUGAUCAAGAGACAGGAGAAAUUUAUUGCCCUCUUGACCAUGUUAUGAUCAACCAAAAUGAGGAAAUGUUUACUGUCAGCAACAGGUUUGUCCCAUAAUGCUUGUUUCAUCAAUAAUGUGCACAUUAAAAGUGCUUGCAUCUUUCAUGUACUACCUAUACAACUGCUGUCGUAACAUUAGUCUUUCCUUUUUAGAAGCGGUGGUUCCUGGAUUUUCAUUCAAGUAUAUUUUGUACUGAGUCUUGUCAGUAGAUUUGGUUCGUCGAUUUAAAUGGAAAACAGCAUUUUAUAUGAAUGGAGGAAUUUCAGUUAUCAGAAACAGUUAUCACGAGAGCUUUCUAUAUUAUUUUAGGUUUAAUAGUUAUUAAAUAAGUUUCUCCCGUACCAUAUCAAACUUGUCUAAGAAUCAUUCUUUAUUGCACCGUGGAUCCUGAAACAUAUAUCUUUUUUCACUGUAAAUGUUCUAUCGAUGUAAAUUUAUGAGACUUGGUAAUUUGAUGUUUUGUUGACAACAGAUAUAAUUGACUAGAAGGAAUAGUUCCCAUGAAAACUCUUAGAAAAUUCUGAUCUGACGACAUCCUGUAUUUUCUUGUGGCAGCUCACUUUCUGAAUUUGGGGUUCUUGGAUUUGAGCUCGGUUACUCUAUGGAAAAUCCUAAUUCUUUAAUACUUUGGGAAGCUCAAUUUGGUGAUUUUGCCAAUGGUGCCCAAGUAAUUUUUGAUCAGUUUUUGAGUAGUGGUGAGUCCAAAUGGCUCAGGCAAACUGGGCUUGUCGUGUUGCUUCCUCAUGGGUACGAUGGCCAAGGUCCUGAGCACUCCUCCGCAAGACUCGAGCGUUUUCUGCAGGUAUCUCCCAACUUCCUGUUCUUUUUGGUUUGUCUCUUACUAUCCCUUAUUGCCGAGUACCAACCAUUUCCUAGAUCCCCUCUCAUCUCUUCAUGUCAUGAUUCUUCUGAGCAAUUUAGUGUGAGUACUUUCUAGUUUCUUACAGAAUGUUCAGUUGAUCAAACUGAAAUCUCUCACAAUUUGAACAAAACGAAGCAGAUCGGAAUCAUUUCUUUAAUAGAAUACACGGAUUUGUAUAGUUUCCACUUUUAGGAUUCAAAUGCGUCUGCUGUACAUGCUAUAAUAAUGAUUGUCUUUUUCUCCCACAAUCUUUUAUUUUGAAGGUGAACCUUGUUUUAUAACAUUUUUGGCUUCCGGACAUGUAGAUGGAAUUAACAAUCUGAUAAAUCAGCCUUGCAAUGAAUGAUUCUAUUUCUGUAUAGAUAUCUGAUUUGGAAGUUGAUAUAAGCGCAUUUAAAUAUCAUUUUUAACUAUUCGUUAAGAAUUGACAUAUAUGUAGAGGCCAUAUGUCAUUGUUUACUCAGAGCUCAUAUUUUAGCAAUCCCAUUAUUCUGUUCAUACUUCUAGACCCUGUGCUUUCAUGCAACUUUCUAAUAAGAACAAUACAUUUGUGAUAAGUCAUCUGGUGGCCGUUUUCGGUAAUGGAGUCACAAUUGAAGUAUUGCAUUUGUCUAUUGAAGUCAUUAUUGGGUACUCUUCUUGUCCAGAUCAUCUUACCGACUUCCACCAUGGGAAGUUUUAUUUUGAGUUCCCAGUUUUUUUUUUCUUCUUGUUUUCCCAUCAAUUAUUGUGCCAUAUGUAAAAGGUUGCUUCUACCAGUUGUUGGGUCCCUUCUUUUUCUUUGUAUUUUUUUUACUUUUCAGCUUCGGUUGGGGCAGAAUUUAUUCUCUUUCUACUAUUUUCUUGUCACAUUUGCAUGGGUUAUAUUUUUGCCUAUGUUUUAUAGCAUUCUGCCAUCUGUUGAAUGUGUUUUGGACUCAGCUGGAAGUUCUGAUCCAGCUUCAAUGCUAGAGAGUAGAAAACUUCCUCACGCUUUCUUUCAGAUGAAACUCCGUUUUUCUCGUUAUCAAACAAAAUGUCAACGCCUCAGCUUUUUCCAUAAUUCUCCGUUUCAAUUAUUAUCCCAUGCCGAGACACUGGAGGACUCUCUAAAUUUAUUUAUUUAUUAAAUUAUGAAUUAAUGGGUCAAAAUUUUACAAUGCAGAUGAGCGAUGACAAUCCUUACGUGAUUCCCGAGAUGGACCCAACCAUGAGGAAGCAGAUCCAAGAGUGCAAUUGGCAAGUGGUCAACGUUACAACACCGGCAAACUACUUCCAUGUCUUGCGCCGCCAGGUAAUGCCGAUGCCAGCUGUCUGGGGUGGGCCGGAGAACGAUGAAUGUUUGCUUAUUUUCCCCAUGUUCCUCUUUUCCAUAGAUACACAGGGAAUUCAGGAAGCCCUUGAUAGUCAUGUCUCCGAAGAACUUGCUGAGGCAUCCCAAGUGCAAGUCAAACUUAUCUGAAUUCGACGAUGUCCAAGGUCACCCGGGAUUCGACAAACAAGGGACCCGAUUCAAGCGGCUCAUCAAGGAUCAGAACGACCACUCGGAUCUCGAAGAGGGCAUCAGGCGUCUGGUUCUGUGUUCAGGAAAGGUGGAAGCUCCUUCUUCCUCCUCCUUUCGGUGUCUAUGUAUGAAUAUUCUCCAUGCUUCAAUUUUUUCUCCAUGACGAAUACUCGAGCUCUCAUGCUGCUGCAGGUCUAUUACGACCUUGAUGAGGAGCGGAGAACAGCGGAUGCCAAGGAUGUGGCCAUCUGCAGAGUGGAGCAGCUGUGUCCCUUCCCCUACGACCUCGUACAGCGAGAGCUCAAACGAUAUCCAAGUAUGUUUAAUCAAUUCAUGGGUCGUUAUAAUAAUUAUUUUCGAUUCCAUUUUUUUGGUUUUUUUGUUCUUCGACUUACUUAAUGAGCAUUCCCAUUGUUUACUUCAUGAGGACCACAUCUGUUGAGAUCAGAUUAUCUAUCCCCUAGAAACGUUCAAGUUCAAUCAGAUACUGUUCAAAUUAUCCGAAAACAGUCAAGGAUCAUCAUAUCCAAUCCUACCAGAUACAUUCAUAUAUCAAAAGAAUGCAACCCCCCAUGCAUAUUUUAGAUUCUACAGUUUCAGAUCAAUGAGCGAUGAGCAUGUGAAGUAUGAGCUAUGAAUCGAUCUAAAGAAGAAUCAUAUGUUUUCUGUGACUGCAGAUGCAGAGGUUGUGUGGUGUCAGGAGGAACCGAUGAACAUGGGAGCAUACAACUACAUCUCUCCCCGCCUUUGCACCGCCAUCAGAGAACUGGGCAGAGGACCUGUGGAAGUUACCAAGUAUGUUGGGCGGCCGCCGUCCGCCGCCACGGCGACUGGGUUCCUGGGCAUUCACCAGAAGGAACAGAAGGAGCUCGUCCAGAAGGCCAUCGGCCCUGAUCCAGUCCAAUUCCCUCUCUGA